AUGAUUAUAGGUACUCUAGUAAAUAUUCAAUUCAAUUAUUCAUCACAAUUAACUGAUGAUAAUCCAACAUAUUAUCGAGAUUGUCAAGUACCACAAUGUCAUUAUGAAACAUUACAAAUUCAUGUUAAUACAACGAGUUUGUAUGUUCUUUGGAGUGAAAACAACAUUAAUGCGUAUGGAUAUAUCUACAAAAAUGAUUUCAAUCCUCUGAAGCCACCUGAAAAUUUACUCGUAUCACAUGACGGUAAAUGUAAUGAUGGACAAUUCAAAUUAAUUAUUGAACUCGAGAUCAACACUCGAUACAUAUUAGUUGUGACAACACGCGAUCCUAAGAUAAUUGGGAACUUCACUGUUUUUAUCUCUGGACCAAACAAUGUCAGUCUUAGUCCUUUUAGU